UAGUAAAAGUUUACCCACCCGGAUCGGUCCGGCACUCUCGUUUUCAAACUCGUCGCGUUCUCAACUGAAAAAAAUAUGUCGACUUUGACGCGCACCAACAGUCACAAUAGCAAAAAACCGCAGUACAAGGACUAUGUGUCUUUUUUGGACAGCUACCGCAAUAAUAAUAAAAAGGAUGAUCAGCACAGUGUUGUUACUACGGACAGUGGUGUGAGUUUUAGUCUCAACAGUUCUCUAAAUAAUUCAUCUAGUAGUGUUUUUUCUGAUGUAAGUGACAAUGGAAUGAAGAACAAAUUGCAUCCAAAACCUAAACAAACAGUCAAAACUGAAAUGUUUAUUGAAAUCAAGAAUCCUCAAACUUAUCCCACGCAUGUGUUUGAAGUAAAACAAGAACCCACUAUGUCGGUAAGCAGUGCAGCUAAGAUAUUCGAAAACAAAGAUCAAGUAGAUGCAAAAAGGCAAACUAAGAAGAAUUCUGUUGGAGAAAUUUCCAGAAAAUUUGAAGCACCCACUGCAAAACCCAUAGCCAAACGUGCAGCUAGUAUUGGAGAAGUUUCAAAAAUCUUCGAAAACAAUAACAGACCCAAGAAUUUUAAUAAUGUUCCCAAACCAUUCCAGCCACAAACCACAAUACUGAAACCAGCAAUUUCUCCAAAACCACUAAUAACAGCGCCAGUUUUUCCAAGAUUCAUCCCUGAUGCUCCAAAAUCUGCAAAUUACGCUGACAGCGUCGAUUCAGCUUUAUCGUCGUUGUCUAUUUCACCUUCACCGCCUCAAUGCGUGAGUCCACCUCCUGAAUUACCGCCACCACCUCCAGAAUUACCGCCACCAGCUGUAGAAUUACCACCACCACAUCCAGAGUUACCGCCACCACAUCCAGGUUUUACUGCAACGUUACCGCCACCACCUCCGCCAUUACCUCCAAGCAAUUUUGCUAAAAAAGUAACCAAACCUCAAGCAAAUAAUGCUACACUGGAUAGAAAUGAUCCAAGAGUUAAAAAGGCAGUUUAUGGUGCCUUAAGGAACAUGUAUGGAGCUUACCAUGAUCAGGCUAAUGAUUAUUUGGCUACUUUGCCUAAAAACAGGGUGAAGAAGAAUAAUGGCUUGGACAGUAUAAUCAAUAGUAUUGCAUCUCAAGGUGGAUUGGAUAAGCUAACCGGUAGAGGAAAUCCCAAACAAGAAGCAGAUUAAUUCUAUGAUUUGUUCCUAAAUUUUUAUUAUUGAGAUAGUUUUAGAAUUUGUUCUUGACUUACAUCUAAUUGUGUAUAUAUUUUCUGUGAAAAUGUUUAUUCCUUUAUUAAUGAUGACUUCAAAAAUA